UUCCUUUUGCUUUCUCUUGUGAGUGGCAUCAGUUCUAUGGUGAAACUUGCUCGAUUUUUCAUAUUUUCUCGCUUUGAACGCCUUCAAUUUAGCUAUUUAUCCAGUGUAUUUUAUUCAAGCUACCGCAACAUGGAUAGCAGUUUAACCGGCAAAGACAUUCGCGCUCAAUUUUUAGAUUUCUUCGUGGAAAAGAAAGGACAUACGUUUGUCCAUUCAUCGUCUGUGAUUCCCCAUGAAGACCCUACGUUGCUGUUUGCGAAUGCUGGGAUGAACCAGGUUCGUUGAAAACUUGUCUAAAGUUUUAAAAUAUGGAUAGAAUAUGUAGUCUUAUGAAGUGUGUUUUCAUUUCUGCGCGUUGAAGGAAAAUUAAGGCGAAUAUUUAAAGUACAAACUUCCAUUGUUAUAAUUGUUUAUAAUAUAACAUAGGCAAGGUUGCAGGUUCGUAAUUGAAAUAAUAUAGGCAAUUAACGAGCAUUUGUUUCCAACUGUGCUUGUGUCUAAUAAUGUUAGAGUUCUAGUAGGUUGUUGCAGUACCCAAACAAAACUUGGUAGUUUGUUCCAUUAUCAUAUUAGGCUUGGUAUUUAUUCAAGAAUAGUAUGUCUUCACAGUUGUAGUGUACUACACACUUACAGGGCCGUUCCUAGCACGAUAAUUGGGGUGUGUAUAUUCAUAUAUGCGUGUUCUGCACGACAGAUUUCUUUGAAAUCGAUUGUUUUUACGGUAUGUGAACAUGAAUAUAUGAAUAUACACCCCCUCCCCCAAUUAUCGUGUCUAGGAACGGCCUUGCGCACAUAAAAACGCACAAGUUCUUGCAAGUCUGCAAACAAGUUGUUACAAAUCUGUUCACAAGCUGUCGACAAGUUGUGUUCGCACUGCUUGUUCCCAGUUGUUGUAACAAGUUUGGAACAAGCUGUUAACAACUUGUAACAAGCUUGAUGGCAUUAUCAGACUUGUUACAAGGUUGUUCUAACAAGUCUGAUACAGUCAUGAUAUAACAAGAAUGUUACAAGGUCGACGACACAAGUUUGUAACAAUAUUGUUAUAUCAUGACUGUAUCGGACUUGUUGGAACAACCUUGCAACAAGUCUGAUAAUAUCAACAAGGUUGUUACAAAUUGUUAACAGUUUGUUCCAAACUUGUUGACAACUUGGGACAAGCAAUGCGAACACAACUUGUUGACGACUUGUUGGCAGACUUGCUACACUAUACAUGUGUAAACUGUACAGCUUGUCAACAAGAUGUGUUCGCGCUGCUUGUUCCCAGUUGUUGACAAGUCCGGAAAAACUUGUUAUCAUCUUGUUACAAGACUUGCAACAAGUUGUUCCGGCAAGUCUGAUAUUGUCUGCAUGUAACAAGUUGAUGACAGCAAGUUUGUAGUACUGGUAACUUGUUUGCAAACAACCUGUAUUAGUCUUGCUAGAACAACUUGUUGCAAGUCUGUUACCAAACGUAACAAGGUGAUAACAACUUGUUCCAGACUUGUCACAACAACUGGGAACAAGCAGUGCGAACACAUCCUGAUGUCGGCUUCACAACAACCUUGUUGCAACUUGUUUGAAGAUCUGGAACAACUCGAGUAUUUUUACAUGUGUAAUAAAAUUAUACUAUGUUUGGUUUCAAUGAAUGAGGUGUCACGCCUUCCACACGCCCCCACAUUGGAAUGUUUGCAAAAUGUGCAAAUGAGACAGAAUGUUGGCCAAAAAUAUGCACAGAUAAACUAAAUAAAUUGGACAUACAGAGGACUUUAUCCAAGCUUCAAUGCAAAAACUGUAAAAUAGAAUUUUGGCAGUUUAUGUACUAUGUAUUAAAUGCAUUAACCCAUAAUUAAGCUGCAGAGCUUCCCCACUGACGAGUAAAAUCGUCUGGUGUUAGACAAGUAAAAAAAAUAAGUGGGGCGCAUUGCGGCUCAAUGUUAAACUAGAGAUAUUGUCAGAUUUCUUGGUUAACCCAUUAAGCUGCGGAGCUUCCCCAUUGAUGAGUAAAGUGGUCUGGCAUUAUACUGGUAAAAAAGAAGUAGGGUGCAUUGUGGCUCAAUGGGUUAAUGAGCUAAAUUAUAAUGUCUCAACACACAAAUAGUCAACAUUUUCCCAAGAUAUGCAUUUUAUAGCUCAAUUGUUGCCCAAUUUACACAGAUGUGUAUAAUUUUCUUGCAAUUGAGUGUAUAUUGAAGUCUAAGGCUCUAUAAGUGUGCAAAGGAGAAAUCUGUACUUUCCAGUCUGGAUGCAACCCAUGGUUAGAAAACAGUUGGGCAACCCACAACCAAGAUGUCCUAUUAACAGUUUGAUGUUUCUAUGUAUUUACUAAUAAAUUAAUUUUUGAAACUUUUUAAUACCCUAUGAAUCUGCUUAAUAAAAAUAUUUUACUCCAAUAAUUAGAACGCUAUUAAUUCAUCGUUUUAGUAUAAAUCAAUCUUCCUUGGGACAGUAGAUCCAAACAGCGAUUUCUCCAAAUUAAAACGAGCGGUAAACAGUCAGAAAUGUAUCAGAGCAGGAGGAAAACAUAACGACCUUGAAGAUGUUGGCAAAGAUGUUUACCAUCAUACAUUUUUUGAAAUGUUAGGAAACUGGUCAUUUGGUGAUUAUUUCAAGGUACGGUUAUGUCUUGGAAACUAACAUCUAUACUGGAUAGUUCUAUCUCUUCUAAACUCACGAAUCAUGUUGUUGAAACAUUUAGAAAGAAGCAAUAGAAUGGGCGAUGGAGCUUUUGGUUGACACAUGGAAGUUACCAAAAGAACGACUGUAUGCAACUUAUUUUGGUGGUUAUAAAGAUCUACCACCCGAUGACGAUGCAAAAGAAAUAUGGCUGAGUGUUGGGUAGGUAACUAGAUGUUGAGCAUUGGUUGGUAAAAGUACAUAGUCACAUAGAAACGCACAAGUUGUAACAAACCUGUAGCAGACUUGUAGCGAUGCUGUUCCAACAACUUGUCAACAGAAUGUGUUCGCACUGCUUGUUCCCAGCUUGUUGACAACUUGCGUACGGCCUGCUGACAAUUUACUACGACCUUUUCGAGCUCAAAAGACUUGUUACAAGUUGUUGCAACAACUUGUUAUCGUCCUGCAAUUCAACAAGUUGUGAGUGACAACCUUGUAGCAACUUGAUAAAAUAACAGCAUUGUUACAACUUGUUGACAAGCUCGCUACAAGUACUGUACAUAACACCCAACCAUUCUCCUCAGAUUACCGCCUGAACGAGUGCUUCCUUUUGGGAUGAAAGACAAUUUCUGGGAGAUGGGAGACGUUGGCCCAUGCGGCCCGUGCACCGAGAUUCAUUUUGAUCGCAUUGGUGGACGAGAUGCAUCUGCAUUGGUCAACAUGGACGAUCCGGACGUCCUGGAAAUUUGGAAUCUUGUUUUCAUCCAAUUUAACAGGUAUAAAACCAGUCUUGUGGAAAGUUCACCGGUACAACUGGAGCUUGUGGAACUUCAAAGUUUUGAAGGAUUUCUAAGAAAUGUUUGAGUGAACCAACUCAGUGUUAACCAACAAGUCAGUUCAUUUCUUACAUUUCUUACAAAUCCUUCAAAACGUAGAAUUUACUGAUGCAAAAUUCCUACUGUGAUCACAGAAACUUUGAUAGUGUAAAACCAGGUUUAACCCACCCAUAUGUUACCAAAACUUUCAGGGAGACAGACGGAUCAUUGAAACCUCUACCAAGCAAACAUGUCGACACAGGAAUGGGAUUCGAGAGAACUGUGUCUGUUAUCCAAGAUAAAAGAUCGAAUUAUGACACAGAUGUUUUUAUUCCAAUAUUUGAUGCUAUUAGAGAGGUAGUGUACAAGUUUACAUAUCUUGGUUCACACGUAAAAACGCACAAGUUGUUACAGGUCUGGAAACAAGUCGUUACAAAUCUGUUCACAAGCUGUCGACAAGUUGUGUUCGCACUGCUUGUUCCCAGUUGUUAUAAAGAUACAUUAUAUACAUUUCUUCUUAGAAUGACCCAAAUAUUACACAUACCAAAAUUAUAUUUGUGGUCAGUCGCACUUUAACUAUGAGGAAACUUGUUUUCGCAGGGCACAGGUGUUCGUCCUUACACAGGGAAGGUUGGCGAGGAAGACAAAGACAAGAUAGAUAUGACGUACAGAGUGAUUGCAGAUCACAUCAGAACAUUGACAAUUGCAAUCUCUGAUGGAGGAAGGCCUGACAACACUGGACGUGGGUAGGUACUCAUGACGGUGGUGUGCAGUGCUCAGGAAAUGUCUCAUGUCUGUGACCAGCUUCAAUUUCUGCAAUAUUAAGACGUAUAUUUUAAUUUCACCUCAGUCACAUGUGAGAAGAGUGCUUCCAGUUUGACUCUACCAAACAUCGCAGACUUUGUUUUGGUUCCGUCAGUGAGUGAUUUUCUCCUGAAGUAGUAUUGAGCCAAUAACGAAUGACUCUUGUUGGAGCUGUAGGAUGAACAGUUUAAAUUAUUUUGUUAUUUUGUAGGUAUGUAUUGAGACGUAUUCUUCGAAGAGCAGUUCGUUUUGUGUCUGAGAAGUUGCAUGCGCCACCUGGUUUUCUUGCCUCCCUUGUUUCAGUUGUUGUUGAAGUUUUGGUAAGACUUCAUGUUGUUGUUGUUGCUGUUGCUGUUGUUGUUUGGUUGUCGUUUGGUUGUUGUCGUUUGGUUGUUGUCGUUUGGUUGUUGUCGUUUAGUUGUUGUUGUUUGGUUGUUGUCGUUUGGUUGUUGUCGUUUGGUUGUUGUCGUUUGGUUGUUGUCGUUUGGUUGUUGUCGUUUGGUUGUUGUCGUUUGGUUGUUGUCGUUUGGUUGUUGUUGUUUGGUUGUUGUUGUUUGGUUGUUGUUGUUUGGUUGUUGUCACUGUCGUUGAUGUUGUCGUUGUUGUCUAAUUGCUUAAUUUCAUUUUAUAAAGGGCGAAGCAUUUCCAGAGAUCACCAAAAACCCACAACAGGUUUGUCAUUCGACUUAUAAUGAACGAGAAUUGGUAGAUUUCAUUAAAAGCCAGGCAAGCUUAGAAAUGUUGGCACUUAUAGGGCAAGAAAAUGAAACUGCAUAUCUCAAUUCAAUCUAUGUGUCAUCAAAUACAAGACUGCUACAUACUGUAUAGUAUGAUACAGUGAUACAUGUGAUACAGUAGUUAGAAUGUUUGUGCAGCCGUCACCCAAAUAAUUUCGUUCCAGGCGAUGAAUAUAAUCAAUGAAGAAGAGGAACAGUUUUUAAAGACUCUGGCUCGAGGAAGACGAUUGUUUAACAGAACUGCGGAUAAACACCAAGGCGAUAAAGUUAUUCCUGGUCAGUUGUGUCUGUCUGUCUGUCUGUCUGUCUGUCUGUCUGUCUGUCUGUCUGUCUGUCUGUCUGUCUGUUUGUUUGUUUGUUUGUUUGUUUGUUUGUUUGUUUGUUUGUUUGUUUGUUUGUUUGUUUGUUUGUUUGUUUGUUUGUUUGUUGACACAUUUGUUUAUUUGCCUGGUUUCUCUCUGGACAACAACAACAACAACAACAACAGUUUAUUUGUACCCUUGGAAAUUAUUUGUACAGAUUAUAAUAAAAAUAAUUUAAUAUUGAUAAGUAGGUGCUGGAAAUAGAAAUACCUAUGGCUAAAAAUGCCUGAACAAUGCAGGCAGAAGCAAGAACAAUUUCUAGUAGAUUACUUGUCUUGUAGGUGACGUUGCAUGGCGUUUAUACGACACUUACGGCUUUCCUGUCGACUUGACACAAUUAAUGGCUGAAGAACGAAAUCUUUCGGUUGACAUGGAAGCUUAUGAAGAAAGCAGGCUUAAAGCUCAGGUUUGCAAAGCAACGUUAUAGUACAAACUAUGCAGACACGCGUACCAUCCGUCUCUAAUAUACAGUGAAUCAAGAUCAUCAAUAAGAUUUCAUGUUUUUAGGAAAUAGCUCGUGGCAAAACGUCGGCAGGCGAGGAAAUCAUUACCCUGGAUAUUCAUUCAAUAAAUCAUUUACAAAAUGUUCUAAAACUUCCGCGAACAGAAGACUCCUUCAAAUACAAAUAUACGUCGGAUGACGACGGAAAUUACAGUAAGUGUAUGCUGAUGGUUUUCACGAAAAAUUACGAGGUACUAGAUGAUGAUCAACUUUAGACAUGUGGAUUUGAUUAAAUAGAAAAUUUACCAUCUUAAAUGUGUUUUUAUUAAUCUACAAUAUGAUUGUGACUCUCAAUUUUCGGACUACGCACGUAAAAACGCACAAGUUGUUACAGGUCUGCAAACAAGUCGUUACAAAUCUGUUCACAAGCUGUCGACAAGUUGUGUUCGCACUGCUUGUUCCCAGUUGUUGUAACAAGUUUGGAACAAGCUGUUAACAACUUGUAACAAGCUUGAUGGCAUUAUCAGACUUGUUACAAGGUUGUUCUAACAAGUCUGAUACAGUCAUGAUAUAACAAGAAUGUUACAAGGUUGACGACACAAGGUUGUGACAAUAUUGUUACAUCAUGACUGUAUCGGACUUGUUGCAACAACCUUGCAACAAGUCUUAUAAUAUCAACAAGCUUGUUACAAGUUGUUAACAGCUUGUUAACAAACUUGUUGACAACUUGGGACAAGCAGUGCGAACACAACUUGUUGACGGCUUGUUGGCAGACUUGCUACAAGAUGUGAGAGGCGUUUGCGUAUGUAGCAUUCAUUUUACGAUUAACCAACCCAAUUUCCCCUGUUUUUUUCUGGUCAGAUUUCGAUUUAUGCAGUGGUGAAGUAAAGGCCUUACUACUCAACAAAGAAUUUGUGUCUGAAGUCCCGGGGGGCGAAAAAUGCGGCAUUGUUUUAGACCAGACGUGUUUCUACGCCGAGGCAGGCGGGCAGAUCUAUGAUCAGGGAUAUAUGACGAAAACUGAUGACGAAGAAGUUGAGUUUGCAGUCAUGGAUGUCCAGGUGCAUGGAGGGUACAUACUUCAUGUAGGCGCGCUUGAAGGGAAACUCAAAGUUGGCGAUAAAGUGAAAUGUUUUAUCGAUGAGGUAAGAUUAUACACCAACCUUCAAGCUUUCAAUAAACGUUACGGAGUACACACCAGCUUCGUCCCCAGGCGCUUUGAUUUGCUGCGCCGUUUCGUGAGAAAUGGAAAUCUGUUUGCGUCGGAACCCGCGCGUCUGAGUUGGAGCCUGGGGACGAGGCUGAGUCACACGUAAAAAUCUCACAACUUGUCAACAAGAUGUGUUCGCAACAGGCUUGUAGCAAGCUUGUCACCAAGUUGUAACAAUGCUGUUAUUUAUCAAGUUGCUACAAGGUUGUCACUCGCAACUUGUUGACAAAUUGUUGAAUUGCAGGACGACAACAAGUUGUUGGAACAACUUGUAACAAGUCUGUUGAGUUCAACAACCUCGUAGCAAGUUGUCAACAAGUCGUUGAGAACUUGUCAACAAGCUGGGAACAAGCAGUGCGAACACAUCCUGUUGACAAGUUGUUGGAACAGCAUUGCUACAAAUCUGCUGUAGGUUUGUUACAACUUGUGUGUUUUACGUGUGUGGAAGAUGAUACAAAAAAUGUGUGCUUCCAAAUACAAGACUACUACAUAUAAUGACAAGAAGUACCAUUAUUUUCCCACUCUGAUAACUGCAGGUUGACCAGCAUCUGCUGCACGAUACUGCUCCAAUCCCAUAUAUAGUUACAACCAACUAAAUCUCAGUUGAAUUUUUAAACUCAGUGGAGAAUGUAUUCUUGAACUCAGUGAAGAAUUUUCUUUUAUGUCAACUUUUAGCCUCGACGACGCCAUAGUAUGAACAACCACACAGCUACACAUGUUCUCAACUUUGCUUUGAGAAAAGUUCUGGGCGAAGCAGAUCAGAGAGGAUCCUUGGUUGCCCCUGACAGACUGCGCUUUGACUUCACUGCGAAGGUGGGAAUUAACUAAACUAACUUUAUUUAUACUGGAUAGCUCUAUCAGUUCUAAACUGUUCUUCCUAGAGGUCCAGUAAGGACCAUCUCUUAUUGAUCCAGUGUUGCUACAGGAGGAAACCUAAACUAAACUAACUUUGUUUAUACUGGAUAGCUCUAUCAGUUCUAAACUGUUCUUCCUAGAGAUCCAAUAAGAAUCAUCUCUUAUUGAUGCAGUGUUACUACAGGAGGAAACCUAAACUAAACUAAUUUUAUUUAUACUGGAUAGCUCUAUCAGUUCUAAACUGUUCUUCCUAGAGGUCCAGUAAGGAUCAUCUCUUAUUGAUCCAGUGUUACUACAGGAGGAAACCUAAACUAACUUUAUUUAUUUAUUUAUACUGGGUAGCUCUAUCAGUUCUAAAUUGUUCUAACGCCAUACAUAACUCGUCCACUGUUCAUUCUCUACAGGGAGCUAUGAACGCGAAACAAAUCAAGGAUUGCGAGGUGAUAUGUAAGGAUAUUGUGGAUAAAAAAAUGUCAGUGUUUGCUUCAGAGUCAAGUCUCGCAGCCGCUAAGGAUAUUCAGGGAUUGAGGGCAAUAUUUGACGAGGUACGUUUUGUCGCUAAAAGGUGUACUUUCUAGUUAUCAUAUAGUAAGGAUUAUCCCUCACUGAUCCAGUGUUACUACAGGAGGAAUCUGAAGUACCUGAAGAAAUACUGAGAUGUUUGGUAGAGUCAAAGUGAAAGCCUUCUUCCCUCUAACAUGAAACUUAAAUUUCCUGUGAAAUAUUUGUGUUUUUCCAAAAUGUAGGUAUACCCCGAUCCAGUACGUGUUCUCACUAUCGGAGCCCCACUAAAUGAACUGAGUGGCGACCCUCAAGCUGGUUAUAAAUAUUCUGUGGAAUUCUGUGGUGGAACGUAAGUGAAGUCUGUUCACGUUAUCUAUAUUCGAGAUAUCUGCCCGCAUGCAGGCCCCACUAGUGGCUCAGAGCCCUGACCUUACGCUGAGUUUCCUAAAUAUUACUCCAGGGCUCCCAAAUUUUUAUCUUUUAUUUUAUCUUUUAUUAUUUUAUCUUUUCUGUCCACAGGCAUUUACAGAAUACCGGUCACAUGAAAGCAUUCUCUCUCAUCUCAGAAGAAGCCAUUUCUAAAGGAAUUCGGAGGAUUGUUGCAAUCACAGGACCAGAUGCUGAGAGGGUUAGUGACAUACUACUCUUGCUAUGGAAUGAGGCAAACUUAAUACAAAUCUUACUACUAAUCGCAUGUCUGUUCUCAUUGCCAUUGGAUCGCAAUGGGAAUAAAUAUGUGUAAAGUCGUUAAUAAGUAUGUGUAAAGUCGUUACAUCUUUCUUUUCCAGGCAAUAAACCGCGCUCGCCUUCUUGAUCAACAUGUAGAAAGUCUGAAGGCAAAAAUUGCUGAGAAAUUUAACUCAAAAACAUUAAAUCCUAAAGAAGCUAUCCGUGAGAUUACUGCAUUAAGUGAUGUAAGUUUUAUUAAAUUAAACUAACUUUAUUAUUAUACUGAAUAGUUCUGUCAGUUCUAAACUGUUCUUCCUAGAGGUCCAGUAAGGAUUAUCUCUUAUUCAUCCAGUCUUACUACAGGAGAAAACUUAAACUAAACUAACUUUAUUGAUACUGGAUAGCUCUAUCAGUUCUAAACUGUUCUCCCUAGAGGUCCAGUAAGGAUCAUCUCUUAUUGAUCCAGUGUUACCACAGGAGGAAACCUAAACUAAACUAACUUUAUUUAUAUUGGAUAGCUCUAUCAGUUCUAAACUGUUCUCCCUAGAGAUCCAGGGUCAUCUGUGAACGAAAGUUCAAGUAUCAUCUUGUAAUGAUGACGUUGUGUUCCAUUCUUAGAUUUGUAUUCUAUUUUCCAGGAAAUUUCCAGCGCUAUCAUCCCUUACUGUGAGAAAGAUGACAUGAGGAAUAAAUUAAAGGAAGUGAAAAAAAUUGCUGACGAUGCAGAUCGUGCAAGGAAAGCGGCUAUGACCGAGGCUGUAAGUAGAGCACUGGUAACUAAUGAUGGGAGAUUAUUAUAGUGAUUUCGAAACACCAAAAAGUGAAAAAUGUGUUGAAAAAUGGGGCGCUCGCGGACUUUAUAUAUAUAUUUACAAAUAAACCAGCAUUAAGAGAGAAAACUAGUUUCCGUGGUAUGAAGACAACGUGUUGGUUUCCUUUGUGUUAUGCUCUUGAAUUAUUAAUAAGUUUGAGAAAUUUCUUGACAACAUUGUUGUUUUUCUAGGCGCUUGAAAAAACCAAAAGUCUUCUUGAGAACAAAGACGAAAAGAUCAUCAUUGAAACUCUUGAUGCUGCUGCGAACGCCAAGGUUGGUUUGGAAGAAAAUUUGUUAGAACGAUUUUUGUCUUAAGAGUUUUACUAAGAGAGACUACGACAUCGGAUGUCAAGAGGAGUGCCUUCAGUUUAACUUCCUCAAACGCUCCACAAUUUCUUCCAAAUAUUCCUGUUUACUGUAUCAUUAAGGGCUCGGCUCUUACCGAGAAUAGCGUAGAACUGGUAGAACUAUCGAGUAUAAAUUGAGUUAUUAUUAAUGUCAUUCAAUCGCUUCCAGAUUUUGGACAGUUGUCUGCAACACGUCAAGAAGAGUUCUGCUGAAACUGCAGCAAUGUUCUUCAGUGUUGAUAAAGAUCAGAAGAAAAUCAUCUGUAUGUGCCAAGUUCCCAAGGUAUGUGAAGUGGAAACGUCUCUAAAUAUCAUUUGCAACUAAUUGAAGAUGAACAGUCGCAGACACUAACAUUGUCUAUGAGUGUGACUUACUAUGCUUUGCUAAGAAAUAGUGUGUUUUACUAAGCUCUAUGGUGGUCAACCAGGGUUUCUCAGGGGAUGGAAAUCGACCUAGUUCCUGUCAUGUGAAGUCACCGCACAGUGCCUUAGACUGCCGCUGAUUAUUAGCAGUAAAUGCGAAUAGACUGUCCGAGGAAAUAAUGUUGUGAACAGUGAACACCAACUGCUUUCUGGUACUGAAAUCCACAACUCACAUGAAAUUUCAAAAUUCUGUAAACUGAAAUAUCCUUAAUCCUAAACCUUUCUCUAAUCCAAACAUUAAUCCUAACUUAACCCUAAUCCUAAUUCAAUCCUAAUUCUUACCCUGAUCCAAACGUUAAUCUUAAUCAUCUUAAUCCUAGAUUAAUCAUCUUAAUCCUAAUCUUAAUCAUCUUAAUAUAAUCUUAAUCCUAGAUUAAUCAUCUUAAUCCUAAUCUUAAUCCAAAUGUUAAUCAUCCUAAUCUUAAUCAUAAUCCUACUCUUAAUGAUCUUAAUCUUAAUCCUAGAUUAAUCAUCUUAAUCUUAAUGAUCCUAAUCUUAAUCAUCUUAAUCCUGAUCUUAAUCAUCUUAAUCCUAAUCUUAAUCCUCCUAAUCUUAAUCCUAAUCUUAAUGAUCUUAAUCCUAAUUUUAAUCAUCUUAAUCCUAAUCUUAAUGAUCUUAAUCCUAAUCUUAAUCCUAGAUUGAUCAUCCUAAUCUUAAUCCUAAUUUUAAUCAUCUUAAUCCUAGAUUAAUCAUCUUAAUCCUAAUCCUAGUCUUGAUUCUUAAUCCUAAUCUUAAUCAUCUUAAUAUUAAUCCGAUCAUAAACCUUACCUGAAGACCUUUAUAUACACAUUUUUACCUCCAAAUUUCUCUUGUUUAGGAACUAAUUGACCAAGGUUUGAAAGCCAACGAAUGGAUAGGAUCUGUGUCGUCUUUGCUUGGGGGGAAAGGUGGAGGCAAAGAGAUGUCUGCGCAGGCGUCAGGUCCACAUUAUGAGGCCUUACAUGAAGCACUGCAACUUGCAAAAGAAUUUGCCAAACUCAAAGUAAGCAAAUGAAGUACCCUGUGCCCCACAAUAAACUUUGAAAUAAGCCACUAAACAACUUUAAACCUCACUAAACUAAAAUUAAUUUGUGUAAUAUUUUUGAAGUUCUAGUACUGUGUUAUGACAUUUGAAAAGACUUGAAAAUUGUUGUAAAAUGCUUAUGCUUCAACGCAAUAUGAAUUUAAUAUAAAACCUUGCACAAAAAACUGGGUUCAGAUUAGGGCCCAUUCCACUCAAGAAUAUUUUCCAUGGACAUAAAAUUUUCUGAAAAUGUCAUUGUACGUUACAAGUUGAAAAUUUAAAAG